AUUUUGUUUGGUUUUAAGGUUACCCCUGGCGUUCUUGUUUAAAUUGGCGCGGCCCAUCUAACUAUUAAUAUCUAGGCGGAAUACCGCCAAGACACCGUAGAAGAAGAGGGAAUACAACGAAGAAGACGACCCAACAUGGCGGUACCGGUAGGAAGGUCUGUCGUGUUUGUGACAGGAAACGGAAAAAAACUUGAAGAGGUGAUUCAGAUUCUGGGCGACACCUUUCCCUACAAACUCAUCUCAAAGAAGAUUGACUUGCCUGAAUACCAAGGGGAGCCAGAUGAAAUUUCUAUUCAUAAGUGCAAGGCGGCUGCGCAGCAGAUUGAUGGCCCGGUCAUCGUGGAGGACACCUGCCUGUGUUUCAAGGCACUGGGAGGCUUGCCUGGCCCUUACAUAAAGUGGUUCCUAGAUCAACUCAAGCCAGAAGGCUUGUACAAACUCCUGGCCGGAUUUGAGGAUAAGUCCGCGUGGGCCCUCUGCACCUUUGCUUUCACGCCCGGAAAAGACAAACCAGUGGAGCUCUUCAGAGGAAUUACUCAGGGGCAAAUUGUGGAACCAAGAGGACCACGAGACUUUGGAUGGGAUCCCUGUUUCCAACCAGAGGGCUAUGACAAAACCUACGCAGAGCUUCCCAAAGAAGUAAAGAACUCCAUUUCUCACCGAUACCGAGCCCUGGCGGCCAUGUCGGAGCACUUCUCGCCGUACGGCAAGAAGAAGAGGGCGAACAAUUGAAUCGCCAUGUUUGUUCAUACAGUGGAACUUUGAUUCAAGAACUUAAUUGGUUCUUGAACAGGGUUCGUGAACCAAAAAGUUUGGAAACUGAAGCAAAUGUUUCCAUAAAAAAACAAUGUAAAUAUGAAUAAUGGGUUCCAGCCUCAACAAAAGUUCAUAUUUUAGUAAAAGUUUGUACACUUUGAACACAAUAUCAAGUGAAAUACAGUACUGUAUGUCAAACAAACAUAUCAUGGGGUGAUAACUAUUUAUUAACAAGCCAAAACAAUUGACAAGCUGCGCCAACAUGCGCACAGACAUAAGUCAAUUUGGUGCCCUCACAAACGAUCAGAAAUUCCCAAAAAAAUCCAUAACUUUACCAACCAUAUUGCUACAAUAAUAAACAUGUAAAAAAGUAAAUUUCACUUACAUUAACAUUGGCGAAGGAGGAGCUGACAAGAAAGGAGGGAUGGGGAGAAGGGCUGUAUGUGUGCUUUGGAAGAGGCCUCGCUGAAUGAGAGGUAGCUUUUCUACGCUGUGAAAUGAGUCUGCUUUGGCAUAUUUUUCCAGUCUCAUCACAAUUAAAAGUUGCUGUGGUACGAAGCCUGCUUUGUUUAUUCUUCCAUACUUGCGAGCGCCAUUAACGUACUCCUCACAAAUCAUCUUCUUUUCUUUUUUUUUUUUUUAAAUCCACUGCGAUUCCCUCCUCCUUACCACGCUGGGGUGUUGUCUUUUUGGGACAUAUAUUAAGUUAGCAAAAUGGACCAAACUUGUCAAAAGGCGAAAAAAAAAACAGAAAAGCCCCACACAGUACCAUAGUGUGACGUUGAGAGCUCCGCCUCUCUAAAAAUCCUGCGCCCUGCUUUUUGUCUGCAGGCGUGACACAAAAUGAAAAAAGCGAUUGUACAGAGACAUGGUUCGCACACGGAGGUAUAUUUAGCUUGAUCUAAAAGUUCGCAAAUCAAGGUUCCACUGUACAUGACAGAUCCUCUAAAGCAAAUUCGCUCUUAUAUCAUCUACUCAUAAUAAAUGUCUCUUUGCUCAUUUUUUUU